CCAGCCGGUGAGGUUUGGGUGGUGCACGGCGGGCGGGAACCGAGCAAGCCCGGGGGGUGCCGGAGCGGCUGCCGGCGCUGCCAUCAUGCCAGUUAAGAGAGCACUGAAGUUGGAGACCCUUGCGAAAGAUAACCCACAUGAAGCAACACCUUUGAAGACCAGAAAGAAAAAUUUAAGCUCAUAUUCACCAACAACGGGAACAUGCCAAAUCAGUGCAUUUUCAUCUCCCACAAGUCAUAAUGUACAAAAGCUCGGAAAUGGUCUAUCAAAUGGAGACAGAAAUGAGCUGAACGACUCAGAAAUCGGUUUAUCCAGAAGAGGGCAAUCUCAAACAGAAGAGUAUGAUAAGUUUAUGGUGUUGCAGUCUGAAGUUGAAUAUUCAUUGGUGAGAUUUCUGAAAAUGAGACAAAGCUUAACAAGUUUACAGGCUUUAGAGGGCAGUAGAGAGCUUGAAAAUAUUUUUGGCAUCUCAGACUCAUCCUGUAACUUGAAAGCUGAAGUGCAGAAGACCAAAGUUCUAAUGGCUCAAGCAGAAAAACAAAAGCUGCUGAGGAGGAGUAAUGCAAAACAUCCUGCCCGAGGUCACUCUUCAAUGAAAGAGAGUCUCAGAGCGUGAACUCAGCUACAAACUAUGACCUUCAUUGAACAGUUUGAGAAUUAAGGAGCCAAAACCAGCCCCUUGACUGCCUUCACCUUGAUGCAGGAAAGAAUUUGACCCUUAUAUUUCUGCACAAACAGCCUGUGGCAGAGUUGUCCAACCUUCUCUUUUCAAGAAAUAAUCCCACCCUCUUGUAUAUAGGGAGUGUUUACAAACCUAAACUAGUUGGACAUUAUCCUCCACUUUCACAACAGACAAUUAAGAACAAGCAAACUGUAAAAGGGAUUUCUUUAGUAGACAAAGAUCAGCUUCCCCUUCGUUUUGUUGUUUGUUUGUAUAGUUGAGUCAUUAAUUCUGUUCAGAGAUUUUUGCUUCAUUGUAGCUUGCACUGUCUGGAUAAAAGCUGUUCCUUUGGCUAAGCUUGAAUAGAGCUCUUUUCUCAUUCCAUCCAAGUGUCCUCCCCCAAGCUUGGAAUUGUACUUACGGAAAAUUCGAUGGCGUUACAGGCUGGAGAAAGCAAAAAGUGCCUUGACCAGUGCCCAACUUCUGCAAUGCCAUUGAAUUUUUAGUUAGGUUCACGUGGUUGUCCUGGUUGAAGUGAGAGACUAACUUUGUCCAUUUGAGAACUGGAUUGGUAAGAGAGAUUGGUAAGAGAGAUUGUAGACCGUUUCUUUUGACUCAGAGUGUACUAUGUUUUCUCUCUUCGUUGUUUUUUUUUUUUUAAUCUUUCCCAGCAGGCUCUGGUUUUACUAUGUUGCAUGUGCACCUUAGAGUGUAAAUAUAAAAUGCAUUUUGAAAUUUGGAAAGUGUCUGAGGUCAGAGACAUGAGCUUUUUGGGGAGUAAGUUACAAACCUCUCCAAUGAUUUAACAUCCUAUGCUAUGCAGAUGAAAUAUUAAGCUAUUAACUGUUGGCUGACAGAAAUGCACAUGAGAUACACGGCUAUAGACUUCAGACAUAUGUAUAUACUGGACUGUCAACUUACCUUCUCUGUGUGGGUAUCAACCACAUUGAUUCAUGAACUUUCACACCUUUGUUUAUUCCCUAUAUUCCUAUCUACUUUUUUCAGAAUCAAUUUAAAAAAAAUAAUCUGACAGAUCAAGACUUUAGAGUAUGAAGCUUAAUGAAAAAUUAAAAAGAACUACUGCUUCAUUACAACAUGAAUAUGUAUAGCAACUCCUACAUGACUAUAAAUACUCUAUCUGUAUUCUCCUGGGAAUAUAAUUAUUUUAAAUAAAGAAACAGUUUGAACUCACUUAAUAGCAAUCUUAUGUUUAAGAGGUGUAAAUAACUUGCUACCCAGACAUUACAAAUAUCCAGGUGCUCUAUAUGUGCUGAUGACAACAAAAUUGAAAAGAAAGACUGUAAUAAUUCUGACUGGUUUUCUCUGCAGAAGAUAUUGAUUAUUUGUGUGUGGUGAGAGAUUUGGAAAAUUCAAUUAAAGGAGUUGUGCAAAGGUUUCAUAAAUUUUCCCUGUACAGCGUGUACACAGACAUUGUUGUGUAUUAAAUCAAUGCAGCACUUCACAAUAUAUUUUCUUUGAAACAUAAAAAUAAAUAACAUUUAAACAGUUCUGCUUACUACAGAAACAAAUUUUAUUUUCUGUGAAGCAUUUAGUCAUGUGCUAUCACUGACUCAUACACAUUUGCCAGCUGUAACAAAUUUUAUAGACAUUUUCUCCAGAGACAUAGCUCAUAUACUAUGAAUUUUUAAAUGAGCAAAUGGUGAAGAAGGGAUGUCAGCAAUAUAAAAAUUGAUCAGUUAAAAGAUAAAAGCAUAAGUAAAGAGAUUUGUAUGGUAGUCUUAAUAGGUUUUAUUAAAUAAAAAUACUAUAAAAAGACAGUAAUGAAUAGAGUGAAGGUUUUAACUGUGGUUGAGGUAGAGAAAAAUUAUUCUGGCACAUUUAGGAGAAGAUUGGUUUUAUAGCACCUGACAGGUGAACAUUUUUUUUCUCUCUCCUUUUUAGAUGUGUAAAUGUCCAAUUUAGUGGUGGGGGAGAGAUAGGGGGAGGAACGGGAGACGGACCUUGGGAAGAUCCUGCCCUUUUGCUAUACAUGUGGAUUGGGAGAGAACGGCACCUGGGAACUUCUGCCAUACCACAGAAGCAGCAGGGCAGGAUUUGUACCUAGUAGUCAGGCAACUACCAUGCAUGUCUGUGCACUGAAACUCCAAGGACUUUAGGGUAUCAUAUCCAGCCCUGUUAUCCAGCUGGUGUGUGUGCUGCAGAGAGCAGCAUCUGCUAGCUGGGGGCUAUUACUGGAGCAAAGAAUGUGAUAAUCCUCCCACCUCUGCAUUUCUGGCCAACAUCAGAGAAUUCUGCGCUGGUGUAUGGGUUUUCAGCUGCAGGGGAUGCACUGGGUAACAUUUCUUCUAGCUGCAGUGACCAAGACAGGAUUUGACCUUAGUGAAAGUUAGGUAAAUUUUGCUAGGUUUGUAUUUAUUAAAAUGGGGGGUGGGGGGGGGAAGAGGAUCAUAAUUAAGAUGUAUGUCUGUAGAGGUGUUGACAAUUAUGAAAAUGCUGCUUCAUUGUUAUGUUUUGAGUCAUAGCUUUUAAGGCCAAAGGGGACCACUAGAUCAUCUAGCCUGACCUCUUGUGUGUCACAGGCCACCAGCACCACCCCACACCCGCACACAAAACUCAGCAACAGAAAUGAGAGUAAAGUAAAUGAGGCCCACAGGAGACUAGACUAUUAUGUUCCACAGGCAGAGAAUAGGAUGGACCUGAUCAUCCUUUUAGCAUCACAAAGAAGAAAAAUGCAAACUUAGGACAGGUAUAGUAAGUCAUGUGAGCAUCUAUGGGGUUUAUAAUAGGUCAUAUUCUUUGUUGGCUAUUUAAAUACGUAACCCUUAAUACUCUGUGUAUAAAGACAAGUAUAAAUACAGAUAUUUCUUCAAAGAUGCUAGACUGAAAGUUCUUAGAAAAACCUCACUUAAUGAAUGCAGUUUGAGUCUAACCCAGGGUGAGUGAGAUAUUUUAUCAAGAUACUUUUUCAGACUGUGUAACUUGUAUCUCUUUGCACUGGUGGAUUUCUUAUGCAAUUACUUGCACUGGGGCAAGUAAAGAGUUAUUACAAGUAAGGAUUUUUUUAUUCAGAAAUCACAGUUAGCACAAAGAAACCAGCAGUUUGGAAAUACAGUGAUCACUAUUAAAUCAGUCUGUUACUGUCAGUUACCACACCAUACAAUCUGUGAUGUCAGUUAUUUCCCUAUUCUAAAUACAGGCAACUGUCAGUAGAAUUUUCUUUUUAAUGGCUCCUUGUGUAAACAGGAAAAUUUGUUUAGUAGGUAGAAGGCUAUAAAUAAAGAUACACAUGGUGUAAAUCACACUGGAUGUAUUUUUUAUGAAAUAACUUUAUCAAACCUAGACUAGGCCAGAAUUCCUUCUCAGGUUUGGCCCAGACCCAGGCACUAUUUUGGAAACUGUGAGUCCACUGCUUGUACUCUUUCACUGGGCUGCUGGGACAGGCAUCCUGAGCCUUGCGGACAACAACCAAACUGGGAAUGUGGGACCUUCAUACGUGUGCACUCUUCCCCCGCACCCUUCGUAAAGGUGAAGCCUUGGUCUGUGAAAGAUGGUAGGUGUAAGCAUAUGCACACUAAGGAUGGAGUCACUUGAUUGAGCUACUCCUCUCAGUCAUGCAGGGACCAGCUACUUCCCUACUCCCCUAGACCAUGUAUCACCAAAGCCUACCCAACUGGAUGUAAACAGAAAAGAAAAUACUUAAACAGUACUUAAACUGUGCAGUAAAUAUACAAGUGGCUGGUGCUACUGAAACCUAGAGUAAGGUAGAAACCCACUGAAAGCAAAAACUACUUUAUGCAGGCCAAACUAUGGUGGAAAAUAUAGGGGAAAAUUCUCUCCUGAGUGUGAAUGUGGUCAUAUCUAAUCUUGUGCGUUUCUGAAGCUAAUACAAUCAGGUUCCAUCAAUUCUCACCCAGUUUGGCUAAAACAGACCAUGAAGGCCUAACAGCCUUCCACUCAUGAUAUCUGCAUUUCCCCUUCUUCCCUCCCUUUUUGUUCUCACACAGCGUGAGUGAUAGCCAGAUGUUCCAGCCAUACGUGAUCUUGAGCUCACUCUGACUGGCUCAUUGCCCGAAAUAAGGACAGAAACAAAAUCUGCAGAAUCCUUAGCACAUAAAAUGCAGCGAUCCUGUUACGGGCCUCAGAUCUGCUCUAACCCUUGCUCAGCUGCAGUGAUUCUGUGACAAAGUGACUCACCAGUCAAUGCGCUGCACUGGGCCUGAGUGUGGCCUUGUAGGAUUUUUUUGUCUUCGUAGCUUAGCUGGCCAGGUCCACAGCUGGUUUCCUUCAUCUUGUGACUCAGCCCUCUGGCAAGGUCAUGUGUAGUCUCACCCCUUUUGGAGUACACUCAAAGUCCCACAACCUCACGUCAGGUCAGUGGCCCAGAUCUAGGCCCAAUAGAGCUACUGUGCCCCUGUGUCUGGGCUCUUCAUGCUCGCCUCUUCAGUGACACUGUAGAGGAACCCAGGCCCAGGCGCCCUGUAACAAGCAGUUAAGGUCUGUCUUGUCAGACCUCUUGCUUCUUCUCUAGGCUACUUCUUACAUUAGCCUAUCUCCUCGGGGAGCUUGCAUUCUCAGUAAGGGUCUGCCCUGGGGCCAGACCCCUCUCCCAAUUCCCAGUGUAACAAAAGAAAGUAUAUUAAACUAACAGAAAUAGAGAGCAGCAUCAGCCCUUCUAUCCUGCAUGGUCCUUCAGCCAUCUGUAUUACUGUUCCAUGUUCAUAGGCUAUCAAAGGCAGCUUGUUCCUCUUGGAGCUGAGAAUGAGAGGUCCGUCCCCCGCUGGGGCUAGGAAGUUCUAAGCUGGGUUUCUCCCUUUUAAGACUCCUCCUCUAAGUCUGGCAUGCUUCUCAGGUGGGGUGGGUUGGGCUGAGCACAUAGCUGCUCUUUAACCCAUUCUUGUCUAGAGCAGGGUUUGUAAACCCCAUCACAAGGUGUGUCUGCACUAGCGCUGGAGGUGUAAUAUCCAGCUCAGGUAGCCACACCUAUGCAAGUUCUGACUGAGCUAGCAUUCUAAAAACAGAAAGGUAGCUGUGGCGGGACAAGUGAACUGCCCAGAGUACAAUUCUGUCCAAGGCACAUACGCACACUGCUAGCCCGGCCUGAGGCUCAUGCUGUCACGGCUACACUUCCAGUUUUAGCAUGCAAAUACAAAUCAGUGAGUGCGGGUAUGAUCUGAGCUGGCAGCAAUGCAGACAUUCCCACAGACCACUAAGUGGCCAUUCCAGAUUGCAAGUAUACAGCAGCAUUCCAGACCAUUCUUAGGCCCCAAGCCCUGCCUCUGAUACAUCUUUUCCAUAAGGCCACCUGUGCUAGCCCUACCCUAUUGUGGGAUUCCCUUAAAGUAAGAGAAUCCCCAAGAAACUGGUAACUCCACCCUUCCAAUGAACAGGAAACCUUGCCCACCGUGCCCCAUAUGUAAAAUGUCCAUAGGCUAUAAGACUUCGCUUAAUAUUGUCUGUGCAUCUGCAUUUAAUUUAAGAUUCCACCCCAAACAACUUAAUCCUAGAUUGCAGAAGCAUGUAAACAAACGAGCAGUUCUAGUCUCUCUUUAUCUGUCAAUAUUUCCAUUCAAGCCCUGAUAGAAUACACAUUAAAUUACUGUAACUCUUAAUUUUAUAUUUCCAGGUGUUUAUCCAAACCUUUAUAUAUUUAAAAUCUUAAUGUAUUUUUAAGUGGUCAGAGUUAAGUAAUGGAAUCAUGAAAAUGUAAAUAGCAAAACAUACAUUCUAAAAACUGCAGUUUACAAUAUUGACAAAUUAUGAACUCUGGAAAUCUUACUUCAGCAGCACGUUGAUUUUGAGAUUUCUAUUUUACAAAUAAAACAUCAUUCUGUUUGUGAAAAUUUGGCUUUGUUUCAU